AUGCGGGAAGACAUCCAAAGUCUGCGAGGUAUUGCGCUCGUCUUUGUGUUCCUCUAUCAUCUGUUCCCAACACUUUUUGUCAAUGGAUUCCUUGGAGUUGAUAUGUACGCUCUUUUUGUGAACUGGAUGAUAUUAAGCUCUUUCAGCUUCUUUGUAAUCACUGGAUAUCUUAUGGCUAACCACUUGACACGCUCAAAGAUCUGCAGUGUUCGGGACUUUUUCACUUCUACUAUCACAGGUUGAAUAUGAUCCAGCUACAAUACAACCCGAAUAUUAUCAGAUUCAAAAGAGUACUCCCACUUCAUUUUGUUGUCCUUUUCAUUUCUCUGAUCCUUGUUCACUUUUAUCUGGGCGAACACUGGUGGGAAGUGAACAACGACUACGGACUCGCCUCGCUUUUCCUGGCGACCAACCAGUUUGCCAUCCAUAACCAAGCUGAUUACUUCACAAAGGUACCCGCGUUUUCUAGAUGAUUCUGAAGUUUCUUUCAGUUUCAGUUCGUGGAAGACCGUUCGUCCAUGAAUGCGUUCGCCCACUUAUGGUCCCUUUCCGUUGAAAUGCAAUUCUACAUUCUGGUCCCGUUCGUCUUCUUCGCCCUCCAGUUCUUCAAUAACGACCUUCUGAGACUGAUUACCGUCUCCGUGAUCACUUUCAUCGGACUCAUCAGUUUCCUUCUCUUCGAUUCUCUAAUCGCUUUCAACUUUAUGCUCCUCCGCUUCUGGCAGUUCUCCGCCGGAUUUGUGGCCUUGUUUUGGAACCGAGUUAACAUUAACACCGGAACAGACGAUUCGAGGAAGAGGGGCUCUCAACUGCCGGCUGCUCUCGUUUUCACCCGCGAAGAUCUGGUCACCGCCGCCCUCCUCCUCAUUUCUCUCUGUCUUCUUCCCGCCAAACUGAAUGUUCCGACCCUCCGUCCGUUUAUCACUUUGGCCACGGCGCUUAUCAUUUCGGCCGAAUCGAAAAGCAACAAGGUUCACUCAGUUUUUCUAGAAUAUCUAUAUCUUAAUUCAGUUCUUACAACUUCCCAGUUUGGUCUACCUCGGAAACCUUUCAUACGCCGUGUACCUCGUUCACUGGCCGAUCAUUGCCGUGUUCAUUGGGACGACAGUCAAGAGCUAUGCGUUUUGCAUCGUCUCUUCCAUCCUCUUGUCCAUGUUUCUCCACCAUUUCUUCGAGAAACGAUACGAGAAGCUGGAUGUGAAGCCCGCCGUUCUUCUGAUUGCCAUUCUCUUCUUCACAAACGGAUAUUUACAUCAGAGCGUUCGGAGACAUCACUUCUGGAGACAUACCCUUCCCGCGCACCUCGAAUCGAUUGUCGAGAGGAACAAAGAGUUCCUGCCGAGCCUCUGGGACCGGGAACCGCGAAAGGAUCCGUGCGAGGAGAGAACGAUUCCAGACUUGAAGGAUCGAGAACGAGUGCAAGCAUACUGUAGAUAUCCGGUAGGAUUCGGUUUAUCAUACCGGCAACCUGUGGGUUUUUCAGAAAGGAAACGGAACCUUCUCGAUCAUGAUGAUUGGCAACCGAUGUGUGCUCAACAUGGGCGAGCACAUCCGUGCUCACUUCAACUACAACUACUCGGACUACCGAUACAUUUCCGCGGACGAGGGCUACGGAUUGUACUCGGACGGGAACAAGUCCGCGGAAGCGUUGAGGAUUCAACGGUGGGCAGUGGAGGAGCACAGACCGGACGUUCUUUUGAUUGUUUCUAGGUAUGCUACCUUCGAAAUGAAAGAUAUUUUCUUUCUCAGGUACUCUGCAUCCAUCCAAAGUCGGAUAACUGAACACGAUGCAUAUCUCCGUCAAAUGAAUGAGAACAUUGCGUUUUAUGAACAGUUCGAACCUUAUUCAAACUUUCCAUAAAACUACAUUUCAUUUUAGAUUUGUGAAAAAGGUGUACAUAUUGGACCAUUUGCCCCACUAUCAAGUCAAUUUCCUCAACAAAUUCAUGCAGUAUGCGACCAGGAAACCCGACGAACUCGAGUCGUUACACCUUGACAAAUACGAAACGGAGCAGAGGAUGAAGAACGGAAGAAAGAGAUUCAGUCUGGUGAAGUGUCAAAAGUGUCGGGUACGUACUCUUCUAGCUCUCAAGAUUCUCUUCUUUAUAUUGUCCAUUUCAGUUUUUCGACCUCAGCCACGUCUUCAUUGAGCAGAACAAAUAUUUGACAUUCGAUCAGGAACAGCUCCUCGCCUACGCCGACAACGGAGUCGAAAUCACCGCCCACGGGAUGAAGCUGUGCGAGCCAGUUUUCGAGAAAAUCGCCAAAGAAAUUAUGCAAAGUUUUUGA